CACCUGUAAAUUUCGCCCGCUAAAUGUAAGAGAAAUCCCCGAAGCAAAAGUAGUGGUUACCUGAAGUAACCUACCGGGUUGCCACUUUGCCACCCAAACUGUGCCGACACUUCCGGCCCUGAGAGUCUUCAUAAAGUAGUCUUACAUACUGCUUGAGCUCCGCCUGUGCUUUGUUAUGAUUGCUGUCGGGAGAUACCCUUCUAUCAACCAACAGAAGAGUGAUGAACCAAAGACGAUUCUGAUUCUUUCCCUGGGAUUAUCUGCUUUGACACGUGUGACAAUUAAUUGCUGGGCAUUGCUCUUUAUUGCAGUCACUGUUUCCCAUGUACUACCUAUAUAGUACCGACACAUUGAUCCUGUCAGGGUGACUGUCUUGUCUUCACAUUGUUGCUCGUACUACCUUGCCACUGAAUUGAUAUCUGCUGUACUCUCAUAAGUAUCCUCAUGUCCUCAUCAUAUUCCGUGCUCUGGCCCCGCUCUUCUAUGCUUUUCCUUCUUCUUCUUCUUCUAUUAUCUCCCUACUACACUGUUCCUAUUACAUUCUGCUGGGCUCCACUUGUGCUUAGCAACAACGUGGCAGUGGUGCAGACCAUUGAAACACACAUCAAUACGCUUGCCAGUGCCGACAGACACCCUCACAUCAUCUUCUUGAAUUUCCGACUACGAUCAAAGCGGUUGUGGCUGCAGAACUGGGAUAUAACCAAUAUAAAAAAUUGAAGGUGCGUGUGAGAGAAAAGCAGAGAGGUAAGUCGGCGUGGCUUGUACACCAUUACAAAGAUAUCGUAAAUUUUGCAAUGCAGAUACU